AUGCGGCAUUCAGUUUAUUCUUGGCUUACUCUGUCGGCCAUGCGCGGUACAAUUAGCCCGGUGGAGGCGCUCAAUCUCACUGCCCUCUAUGGUUCAGGUCUCUCAGACAGUGCGCAAAUAUUGGAUGCAUCUGAGCCUGGUUUCAUGAAUAUCACGCCACGAUGGACCCAGUACAGGCCGCCAAUCUACUACGGCGCUAUCGUCCCAGCUACUGAGGCCGACAUUCAGCAUAUCGUGCGCACCUCGGUAGAGCAUGAUAUCCCGUUCCUUGCCACAGGAGGCGGGCAUGGCCUCACGACAACCCUGGGACAGUUUAGCGGUAUCACGAUUGAACUGACCCGGUUCAACACCGUCAAACUAAACAAGGAAACAGGUCAGAUAACUCUCGGUGGUGGAACGAGGUACUCUGAUAUCUACGAGCCCAUGUUUAACACGGGGAAGAUGAUGGGGCUGGGCAACACCCCCUGCAUUGGGGCAGUCGGCGCAACGCUAGGGGGUGGAACCGGGAUAGGGCAAGGCAUUUACGGCCUGGGGCUUGAUGCCCUGCUGUCCGUUCGUCUGAUCACCGCCACAGGUGACAUUGUCGUUGCUUCUAGGACUGAAAACCAAGAUCUUUUCUGGGCGAUUCGCGGCGCUGGUGCUAGCUUUGGAAUUGUUAUCUCUGCGACUUUUCAGCUUCAUGAUGCAGUCAAUGGUGGCAUUGUCGCACUGACCAUGUUCACAUACUCACCAGAGCAGAAUCGGUCUGUAUGGGAAGCACUUCAGUCUUACGAUGAAAAUAUUCCAGACGAACUAUCCUUCAAUCUUGCUGCGGUAGUAAAUGCGACGACAAGAGAGGCUUUCAUCGUUGCCGAAUCAGAGUAUCACGGUCCACCGGCCGAAGCCGAGCGUUUCCUGCAACCUUUUAUAGACAUCGGACCCACCUCUGUCCAAUCGACGACUUUACCAUGGACGCAGAUUUACGACACCGUCCAUAGCACGAACCAAAGACUUUGCACGCCGGGGCAAUAUUUGAACGAAUACACCAUCGCCCUCAAGCGGACAGACGUGGACGCCUUCACGGCUUAUUACAAUGAGUUGUAUGCCCUUUGGGUAAGGGAAGAACGUUACGAAGGGGACUGGAUCAUCGCGAGGUCUCCCAUUCGCGUUAUGAGACUGGUUUCUGAUGAGGAGACGGUGUUUCCGCAUCGUCACGCCAUUACCCAUCUCCUCUUCGGCAACUACUACAGCAGCCCGUCACUUGAUUCAACCAUAAACGCAUGGAUGCGCAACGUCCGCGCGAGAUUCCAAGCCACGAGUGGCUACGACAGGCUCCACGCUUACACAAACUUUGCACAGGGCGACGAAGGACCUGGGGCGUGGUAUGGCUCUGCAAAUCUGAAGCAGCUUAGGGCGUUGAAGAGUAAGUGGGAUCCGGAUGGGGCUUUUAAUAAUUUUAAUCCGGUGCUGCCAUGA